CAUCUACAACACUUGUCCUUCACUGGGUUCUGUAGAAAAGGCACUGGUGAGUAAACGCCAGACCUUGGCGCCAUUUCGGGCUGUCCACUAUACCUCAGAAGCAGGUGCCCUAAAAGGCGGUGUGAAAGAGGCUACUCGCAUAAGCUGCUGUGUGGUCGGGGUGAGGGCUCCACUGUUGUGAAUUUCAAGUGCCUACAGGAAAUGGAAAUCCUUGGUGUAGAUUUGUGGAGUCACAUCAUCCUUUUUAAAAAAAAAAAAAAAAAUAAGACUACAUGCUCUGAUUAUGGAAAUGACAACAUGUCCAAUUGUGUACUGACUGUAAUGUAAAUAUAACUAUGUGGUUUCAGUUCCUCCUCUGCUGUGUUUCGACAUAUUUUCUUUUCAUACCAACUACUAACAAAUCCCUAUAAAUGUUUGUCUUAAUGACUUCUAAGCAGUGUUCUCAAUUUAAUUAACUGUGACUUUCUGGACAUCAUAUACAUUUGUAUUGUGUGAAUUGUUUGAAGACAAUUAUUUAUUUGGUACUUUUGUUAUAUCCUUCCAUGACUAAAUAUGUAUAUUAAAACAAAAUACCCAUUUGUAAGGAAACCAUACAGAAAGAAAUGUUUAUGUUUUAUUAUUUCAAAUAUCACAUUUGACUGACUCAUUCCCUCCUGAUGUGUGAUUAUUUUUUUGUCUUGUCAAACAUCUUGCAAGUGCACCAAAAAUAAAUAUAAAAGACUACAGAUUCUAAAGUUUUAUUUUUUAAGUUUUCCUUCCCCCUGCCUUUUAUUUUGAAGCCGCUUCCGGUGUGCGCUUUCGUGGUGUGUUUCCAGCAGACGCAGACUGACUCAGACGUGUUUAUGAAGGGUCAACGAUAGGACCGAGGACCGCUGCUUCCUGACGCCCGACGAGGGACGCACAUUCCCGGGCACGGAAGUCGACUUUCUACCGAUCCCCCGCUCGCAAAACCAGCUUUUUGAUAUCCCUAAGAAGAGGAAACAAGCCUUACAAGUUGUUGCAUGGGGCGUUGUCUCUAUUAAAGAUGGCCGCCAGCGUGCACUGUUCCUACUGCCGGGAGGACCUCGGGGGUAGGAGGUUCGUCCGCAACGAGGGCCGUCCGGUGUGUGUGCGCUGCCACACCAAAUUCUGCGCCAACAACUGCGCCGAGUGCCAUCGACCCAUCUCUGUGGAAUCAAAGGAGCUGAACCACAAGGGACGCUACUGGCACGAGGAUUGUUUCCGAUGCGGAAAGUGUUACAAGCCGCUGGCGAAGGAGCCUUUUACCACCAAGGAUGAUCGCAUCCUGUGUGGGAAGUGCUGCUCCAGGGAGGAGGCGCCACGCUGCAACAGCUGCUAUAAAGCCAUCCUGGCUGGAACAGAGAGCGUGGAGUACAAAGGCAACUCGUUUCAUGAUGAGUGCUUCACCUGUUGCCAGUGUAAACGACCAAUGGCGUCACAGAGCUUUGUCUCCAAAGGGAGCGACGUCUAUUGCAGCCCCUGCUACGACAACAAGUUUGCCAAAGUCUGCGUUUCCUGCAAUAAGCCCAUAAUGUCAGGAGGAGUCAAUUACCAGGAGCAGCCUUGGCACGGACACUGUUUUGUGUGCAGCUCCUGCUCCAAACCUUUGGCCGGGUCCAGCUUCACCACCCACCAGGACCACGUCUUCUGCGUGGACUGCUACAAGAACAUCGUGGCUAAGAAAUGCAGCGGCUGCGAAAUGGCCAUUACAGGUUUCGGCAAAGGAGUGAACGUUGUGACGUACGAGGGAGGCUCCUGGCACGAAUACUGCUUCAACUGUAAGCGAUGUUCCCUCAGUCUGACCAACAAGCCCUUUGUGACCAAGGGGCGGGACAUCCUGUGUCCAGACUGCGACAGCAACUAGAAGAGGAAAAGAAAAGAAAGCUUGCUCGCUGUUAAGUUUGGACCUUUUGUGGUUAAAUGUCUUUAUUUCAAUGUUGUGAGGCGGCCAUUUUUGUUGCCAACACUCUGGGGAAAUCCCAUUUGAAAAUAUAAGAAAAUAAUUAUUUUUAGCAUAUGGCUCAUAUUUAACACAACGUAUUGGCAUUGUCGCGUACUGUAAGUUAUUACAGUAGUAAUGCUUUAAAAAAAAACAUAAAACAUGCAGACGUCUGGAGUACUACUUUAUGUGCACAAAAAAGCCAAAGAAAAAGUAAAAACAUUUUCAUGUUUCAUACUUUCCAUGCGUUUUUCUUCGUUAGUCCAGAAUGGACAGAUUACAGUGGAACCUCGAUUUACAAGCUUAUUGGUUCUUGAACAGGGCUCGUAAAUCGAAAAGUUUGUAUAGUGAAGCAAAUUUCUCCAUAAAAAACAAUAAAUAUGAAUUAUGGGUUCCAGCUAGAGAUGUCUGAUAAUAUCAGACUGCCGACAUUAUCGGCCGAUAAAUGCUUUAAAAUGUAAUAUCGGUAUCGGUUUCAAAAAGUAAAAUGUAUGACUUUUUAAAACGCCGCUGUGUACACGGACGUAGGGAGAAGUACAGAGCGCCAAUAAACCUUAAUGGCACUGCCUUUGCGCGCCGGCCCAGUCACAUAAUAUCUGCGGCAUACUUGGUCAACAGCCAUACAGGUCACACUGAGGGUGGCCGUAUAAACAACUUUAACACUGUCACAAAUAUGCGCCACACUGUGAACCCACACCAAACAAGAAUGACAAACACAUUUCGGGAAAACAUCCGCACCGUAACACAACAUAAAUACAACACGACAAAUACCCAGAACCCCUUGCAGCACUAACUCUUCCGGGACGCUACAAUAUACACCCCUCGCUACCCCCCCCCCCCCCCCAAACCCCCCACCUCAAACUCCUCAUGCUCUCUCAGGGAGAGCAUGUUCCAAAUUCCAAGCUGCUGUUUUGAGGCAUGUUAAAAAAAAUAAUGCACUUUGUGACUUCAAUAAUAAAUAUGGCACUGCCAUGUUGGCAUUUUUUUCCAUAACUUGAGUUGAUUUAUUUUGGAAAACCUUGUUACAUUGUUUAAUGCAUCCAGCGGGGCAUCACAACAAAAUUAGGCAUAAUAAUGUGUUAAUUCCACGACUGUAUAUAUCGGCAUCGGUUGAUAUCGGAAUCGGUAAUUAAGAGUUGGACGAUAUCGGCAAAAAAGCCAUUAUCGGACAUUUCGAGUUCCAGCCUCAACAAAAGUUAAGUUUUGCACAUUUUCAACACAAUAUAAAGUGCUAUACAGUAUUGUAUAUCAAACAAACAAAGUGUGUCAUUAUCAACAAUGUAAAACAAUAACAACAAGCUGAACAGUCCUGUGUGCUCUGCUCUGCCAACACGCGCACACACAUACAGAAGUCCCUGUGGCGCUGUCACACACGAUCAGAAAUCACAAAAAUCCUUAACUUUAACAACCAUAUUGCUACAAUCAUCCAUCCAUUAAUUUUCUACUACUUGUCCCUUUCGGGAUCGCGGGGGGUGCUGGAGCCUAUCUCAGCUGCACAUGGGCGGAAGGCGGGGUACACACUGGACAAGUCGCCACCCCAUCACAGGGCCAACACAGAUAGACAACAUUCACACUCACAUUCACACACUAGGGCCAAUUUAGUGUUGCCAAUCAACCUAUCGCUACAAUAAUUAACAUUUUAAAAAGUAAAUACCACUUACAUUUUAUUAUUGGCAAAGGUCCUCUCGUGAGCUGCUUCUCACGAGAGAGGAACAAGCAGACAGAGGGAAAAACAGGAGGGGGCGAGAGGGAGGAGCCGUGUGUGUACCAUUGGAAGAGGCGCCGCUGAACGAGAGGUAGUCUUAUUCUCUGCUGUGAAAUAAGUCCGCUUUGGCAUCUUUUUCCAGAAAAGUCAGUUCAUUUUCAUUCAUUUAUUUAUUUAUUUCAGGCAAUAACAUAAAAAAGUACAAAGUUGACAACACAUAAUAAUAUAAAUUAAUAUAUUCAUGAUUGUCCAGUUUUGCCUGAAAGGUAGUGGGAAGAAGAUAAUUCAUUUAAUCCCACCCCCAGUUCUCCAUUCAGUGAUUAUUCACUCUAACUUUGUUCAAGGAUUAUAAUACAGAUGUUGUAUCAUAGUGGCAUUACCACAGGUAACAAUAAUUAUUACACAGUAACAAUAAUUUGUAUCAACAAUGUAGGAAUAAUGAAUAUACCAACAAUGGUAAUAGACAACAUAGCAAUAAUGGUAAUUGUACAGCCCUUACCUUUGGGCUGAUACCGAGGGCGACUGUGUUGACCAGUUUGACGCGUGUAAAUGAUGGAAUGUCCAGUACUGUAGAAAUGUGUUUGGUAAUGACAAUCCGUUUAUUCCAAGCUAUCUAAAUUAAAUCAAAUGUAAGUUAUAUAACAAAAGAUUGCUAACUUUGAAUGGCACAUUAUCACAGCAUUGUCACCACAUGACAUGACACGGUCAAAAACUGUUUGUCCUCCAAUCGCCCAGCCCAUGCUCACACCUGAACCCAAUUUAAGGAGGCUACCAUGGUAACCGCACCAUAGCAACAGUCCCCUCCCUGUCAACACUUCCUGGAUCUUAACAGGAAGUGGGCGGGGCAAUCUGCCGAAAAGGAAAUUUAACAUGCUGAACCCAACAAUCAAUUAGAUAAAAUAAAAUAAAAACAAUAUAAACAAAUAAGGGUAUUUGGCUCCAACAGUAAUAGACAACAUGGCAAUAAUGGUAAGGAAACAUUGAGCACAUGUUAACACUUUGAGACAGAGUAUAGCAGCAGGUUCUCAUCACAUUUAAAAACGUUAUGUGGUACGAAGCCGGCUUCCUCUAAUCUCCUUAUUACGAGCAAGCACAAAAUGGCUGCCAGCGGGACACAAUAUGAAUAAAUGAAGCAUUCGUACACAGAGGCAUAUUUGGCGCGAACUAAAGGUUUGUAAAUCGAGGUUUCACUGCAUGUGUAUGAUUACCUACUAAAAUCAAUACACCACUUUGUUUUUUAUACUUCAAAAUGUGAUUACAGUAUAUACAUGAUUAUACAUUAAGCCCAUACUUGCUUAUCUUCAUUAUGCUGAGUUGUGUCAUUCCAAAAUGCAUGCUAAAGUGUUAGCAUUAGCAUUUGAUUGUUAUCAAUGUACAGCGUUUUUAAAAUGCUUUUCAGUUAAGUGUCAUUCUGUAUCAAAUAAACAUGUUUGAACAAUU